CCCUUCUUUUCUUUUCGCCCGUUUCCGGUGAGUGGUGUGUUCCGCGUGUAAAUUUUGUUAAAUUUUAGCCAAAAUAUAAAUUUCUACGCUGCGAGCAAACCGCCAAGAUGAGGAAAAUCAUGAAGCAGGGCAAGAUCGUAAUCGUCCUUAGCGGACGUUACGCCGGUCGCAAGGCCAUCAUCGUCAAGACCCACGACGAUGGAACCCCGGAGAAGCCCUUCGGACACGCCCUCGUCGCCGGUAUCGAUCGCUACCCGCGCAAGGUGACCAAGAAGAUGGGCAAGAACAAGCUGAAGAAGAAGUCCAAGGUCAAGCCCUUCCUGAAGAGCCUGAACUACAAUCAUCUGAUGCCCACCCGCUACACGGCGCACGACAUCAGCUUUGAGAAGCUGUCGCCCAAGGACCUGAAGGAUCCCGUAAAGCGCAAGACGCACCGCUUCCAGACCCGCGUCAAGUUCGAGUCCGUCUACAAGGAGGGCAAGAACAAGUGGUUCUUCCAGAAGCUGCGUUUCUAAGCUGCCCAUUCGCUACUUGUGGUUACUGGAUUUGUCGCUCUUUUUUAAGGUUUAAUAAACAAAGAAGUAAUUCUGAUAAAACUGACCGAAGUGGAUCCUGUGCCUUCUUAUUAAGUGUGCAAGUGGGACAAACGUGCCUAUGGUGAUGAAAGUAUAUAGAAUACUUUGAGUAGGAAGUGUACAAGAGGUAUUUGGACCCAAGUCAUCAACAAAUUUCAAAAUAUAAGGCAAAAUAUCAAAUUCGCUUCUGGAUCAUUUUAAAAUAUAGUGCAAAUUCCAUAGCCUUAACCGCCCGAAUCCAAAACAUAAUAGUUACAGUGUCUUUUUUACUUUUUCCUUUACUAAUAAAUAUUCGAACAGAAUAAUACAUUUUGUUUGAAUCAACUUUUCAAUAUUACAAAUCUUUUGGAAAAUUUACAAUUUAAUAUCGCUUUGAUUGACUACUUGUGGAACUUGCUUGGCUUUUGAAGAG